AUGGAUAACAAUAUUGAAGGUUCAUCAAAUUUAUCAUCUUCAAGCUCUGAUGAUGAUAACUAUGCAGAAAGUUUUAGUGCAAGGCAACAACUGAUCGCUCAGGUGAUUUCUACCAAUAAUCAAAUUGUCUUAAAUUAUCUCAAUGAAGGAAGCAACAAAAGCAGGCAUCGAGGCUCAAUUCCUGGUCAUAAGAUGAUCAAUCGUAAUCGUGAAGCUGCUGAUCGUAAUCUAUUCAAUGAUUAUUUCGCCGAAAAUGCAUUGUAUAAUGAUGCAAUGUUUCGAAGAAGAUUCAGAAUGGGAUGGAAUUUAUUUAUGCGUAUCCGUGAUGCUGUUACUAAUCAUGACAAUUAUUUUAUACAGAGAAGAGAUGGGCUUGGAAGACUUGGUUUGUCAAGCUUGCAAAAAAUAACAGUUGCAUUUCAGAUAUUAGCAUACGGUGUACCAGCAGAUACUACUGAUGAGUAUAUUAAAAUAGGGGAAUCAAUUGCUAUUGAAAGUAUUAUAAUUCUUGCUCAUUAUGUCAUUCAAGGAAAAGAGUACAAUAUGGGUCGAAAGAAUAAAUUAUUUGCCUUGAAGCAAGAAGCGUGUAGAAAGGAUGUUGAGCGAGCAUUUGGCGUGCUCCAAUCACGCUUUGCAAUUGUUGCAGGACCUUCACGUUUUUGGCAGAAAAAUAUUUUACAUGAUAUACUGACAUCAUGUAUUAUUAUGCACAAUAUGAUAAUUGAAGAUGAACGUGAUUUAAAUGCAUCAAUCGUGGAACACUUUGAGGUGCCGACUCCAGAUGUUGAGCUCGCAGUAGAUAUUAGUACUCGAUUUGAAGAGUUUUUAGCUCGAUACAGACAAAUCAAAGACAAAGAAGCUCAUAUUGCCCUUCGAAAUGCAUUAAUUGAGCAUUUAUGGGAACAAUAUAGUAAUUCUAAAAGUUAA